AUGGCGCCAUCUAUUAUCGAAUCUGCAGCUGCGGAGAUCAUCGUCCCUGUCAAGGCGGAGUCCAAAUCAGCUGAUAACGUCCCCAAACCCCGAGUAAGAAGGAUCAUUGAUGAGGAAGGAAAAAACACUACCGCCAGUUAUCCGGCCUACCUCCCUACUUGGGACUACAGCGAGAAAUACCCCCCCCUGGAACCCUUUACCCAUGUUGACCAUGGCAAAGACGCCGACCCAUCCCUGAGUGAUCUCCUACCAGAAGGAUCCAAGAUUCAGAAGCUCACACCAACGAUCGGCUCUGAAGUCACAGGCGUUCAGUUAAGCAAACUCAGCUCCACCGGAAAGGACCAACUGGCUCUCCUGGUUGCCCAGCGCAAAGUCGUCGCUUUCAGAGACCAAGAUCUUGCUGAUUUGCCAAUUAAUGAAGCGCUCGAUUUUGGAGGAUACUUCGGCCGGCAUCAUAUCCAUCCAACCAGUGGAUCUCCCGAAGGAUAUCCCGAGGUGCAUCUUGUUCACCGGCACAAUAACAACUGGGAGCUUGAUCAAUUCCUCGCUGGAAAGAAUAGCAGUGUGUCCUGGCAUUCAGACGUUACUUACGAGCAGCAGCCCCCUGGGACUACCUUCUUGUACAUUCUCGAUGGUCCAGAGGUCGGCGGUGACACCGUUUUCGUGAACCAGGUUGAGGCUUAUAACCGCCUUUCACCGGCUAUCAAAGAAAGACUGCAUGGACUAAAAGCUGUGCAUUCUGGAGUCGAGCAGGCUGAGUUUAGUCUGGGCCGCGGAGGAGUAGUAAGAAGGGAGCCUGUGAAGAAUGAACACCCCCUUGUUCGUACUCAUCCCGUUACGGGCGAAAAGGCGCUUUUCGUGAAUGCAGGCUUCACUCGCAGCAUUGUUGGUCUUAAGAAAGAAGAAAGUGACGCCCUUCUAGGCUUCUUGCUGGCCCAUGUCGGCCGGGGUAUCGAUUACCAGGCGCGUGUUCGGUGGGCCCCUAAGACUGUUGUAGUCUGGGAUAACCGUGUUACUGCGCACUCUGCGAUCAUUGAUUGGGUGACUGGUGAGCGUCGUCACUUGGCUCGUAUAACACCGCAGGCUGAGCGUCCGUAUGAAACGCCGUAUAUUACCGAAGCAGAUAAGGAGAAGGUUUGA